AUGGGGGGAAAGGUAGCCAACCUGCAAGAGGAGCUGAAUGAGGGAAAAGAGGAGAUUAAAAGCCUGAAAGAGAAUCCUUCCCAAUACCAGACACGAGCCAGCCCUCGGGAAGAUUACUUACUUAGAAGGAGCCCGGAAGCCGCCUUUGCAGUACAGGAAAUUGCCAUGAAAGUUGCUACUUCUCAGGAAGCAGCAAGAUGCAUUAGCCGCCUGAUAGAGAGGAAAACAGCAGUAAUCGUAGUAGGUAUUAAGAAACAAAUAGGAGCCAGUCCAGGGAAGAGGAGAGAUAUGGACAAAGCCACAGUUAAAGAGAUCCUUGAAGGAGUACAGAUGGAGAGGGAAAAACAGAAUAUAGAAAAGGUUUUCAGGCUUGGCCAGUACAAGAAGGACAGGGAUCGAUUGAUAAAAAUGGUUUUCAAAAGCGAGGACACAAAAGAAGAAAUUUUAGCAAAGAAGAGCAAUGUUAAUACUAAUGCUGGUACUAAUGCUGCUACUGAUGCAGCUACUAAUGCUGUUACUGAUGCUGUUACUGAUGCUAAUACUAAUGCAGCUACUAAUGCUGUUACUGAUGCUGUUACUGAUGCUGUUACUGAUGCUGCUACUGAUGCAGCUACUAAUGCUGUUACUGAUGCUGUUACUAAUGCGGCUGCUAAUGCUGCUGCUAAUGCUGCUACUGGUGCUGCUAAUAGUGCUGCUACUAAUGCUGCUUCUAAUGCUGCUACUAAUGCUGUUACUGAUGCUGCUACUAAUGCUGUUACUGAUGCUGCUAAUAUUGCUGCUACUAAUGCUGCUACUGAUGCUGUUACUGAUGCUGCUAUUGACGCUGCUACUAAUGCUGCUACUGAUGCAGCUACUGAUGCUGCUACUAAUGCUGCUACUGAUGCAGCUACUGAUGCUGCUACUGAUGCUGCUAAUAGUGCUGCUACUAAUGCUGUUACUGAUGCUGCUAAUAUUGCUGCUACUAAUGCUGUUACUGAUGCUGUUACUGAUGCUGCUACUGACGCUGCUACUAAUGCCGCUACUGAUGAUGUUACUGAUGCUGCUAUUAAUGCCGCUACUAAUGCUGUAACUGAUGCUGUAACUGAUGCUGCUACUGAUGCUGCUACUAGUGCAGUAACUGAUGCUCCUACUAAUGCUGCUACUGAUGCCGCUACUAAUGCCGCUACUAAUGUCAUUACUUAUGCUGCUACUGGGGCAGCUACUAAUGCUGCUACUAAUGCUGUUACUACCUAA